GUGGGCAACAGGUAGAAAUAGAGGGAAAGAUAAGGAGCAUAAUUGCACAAGGCCCCCUGACUUAUUAUUUUGGUAUGCUCAAUUGGAAUAAAAAGUUUGAUCCAAUGAGAGGAUAUGCUAUAGCACCAUUACCAAAUGGAUAUUACGGCAAUGGACAGUAUAAUAUCAUAUUAAUACGUUAUAAUGCUAAAAAAAAAAAUAAGAAAAAUGGGCCAUAUUUAUGGAAUCUUUAUGACGACACCAUAACAAUGAAACAUCAAGGUCAUAACACAGCGUGGCAACAGUUGGCUGGUCAACCAGCAGCUGAUUUUUUUAAAUACAACAAAAUCACCACCUAUGGCGAUGAUAACAUCUUUUCAUGUUUUAAUGAUCAAUGGAAAGCAGAAAAAAUGAUUGAAUAUUUUUUCAAAAAAAGGGGUUGGUUUGCAAUGGAGAAUGAAAGUAAUUCUCAAAAAUUUAUUCUCAAAAUAAAGAUUUGGUCAUAUGAGGCAAUUUGUCCCCGCGUUGUUGGUUUAGCCAAUAAUUGCGCUCAUUAUCCAGAUAUCCACGCAUUAUAUUUAGAAUAUUUUGAUAAGCAUAUUUUCCAUUACUACUCACAUAUGAAAAAUAUACGUAAAAGAAUACCAAUUAAAAGUUAUGAUGAGACUCCAUUAGAUCAUAUGGAUAUAGUAGAAGUACAAGCUCCUAAAAAUGGUCAAACACCUAUUAUUACAGGUCGAACAGGUGCAGGAAAAAGCACAAUUUUGUCCAAAAUUAAAUGGAAUAACGUGACUACACAUGGGUGGUUAGCUCAAGCAUUACCAGAAUUUAGAUCAAAGAACUUUAUUAUAUGUCUAGAUGAGAUUCAUGAAAUGGAUGAGGAUGCAUUGUUUCUGAUGGAACAUUAUCGUGGCCACUCCAAUUCCAAUAGUAAACUAAUAAGUCUUAAAAAUCUAGAACAUUUCAUGAGGUUUAACAUAGAUAGUGGUCUAGAUAUGGGUUAUAGGAAUGGUAUAUUUACAAUGUGCGCCUCAUCUAAAGUCAUCGCGAUUCAAAGAAGGGAGAGAACUGGUAGAACAUGUGAUGGCCUUUGUGUGCGUUUAAUUAAUGAAUUUAUGGAUAUACCAUUUGAUCCAAGUAUAUCAUUCAUGUAUAAUUUCCCAAAUCUUUAUAAAAUUAUUCCAGCUCUGAGGCACCCUUAA